AUGUAUAUCGGGUUUUACUGUGGAGCUGACACAAGCGAAGCUAUGGUGAAUGAAGUCCGUGUCUCAUCUCCAGAAACUGCUGUACUGAGAGCGCCAAGAGGCAACAGAAAACAUGGUGCAUCAUUUAUCAUCACUAGAGCAAUUGCAGGUCCUGCAUUGCUUUUGCUUCGGUACAUCUGGUACAGCCCUGCAAAGUUUUCUCUGCCUGCUGGACUGGUUCGUCUGGUUAGUAAGCAGAUCAACUGGCACCUCGUACUUGCAAGCAAUGGUAAAUUGUUGGCGGUUGUUCAAGACCAAUGUGUAGAAAUCAGGUCUGCAAAGGAUGACUUUGUAUCCAUAGUUGGAAAAUGUCAAGUGCCAAAGGAUCCUAACCCUCAGUGGAGGAGAGUGGCAUGGAGUCAUGAUUGUACAUUACUUGCUUAUGCUGAAAGCAGUGGAACAGUCAGAGUGUUUGACCUGAUGGGUAGUGAGCUUUUGGUCAUUUCACCGACAGCAAGUUUUCCAGGUGAUCUGAGUUACGCUAUAGCUGGAUUGAUCUUUCUAGAAUACAAAGCAAGUGCCCAGUGGUCAGCUGAACUCCUUGUUGUUAAUUAUCGUGGAGAGCUGAGAAGUUACCUGGUAAGUGUUGGAACAAAUCAAAGCUUUCAAGAAAGUCAUAGUUUCAGCUUUAGUAGCCACUAUGCCCAUGGGAUAACAACUGUCAUUUAUCAUCCUGGUCACAGACUUCUCCUUGUAGGAGGCUGUGAAACAGAUGAAGAUGGAGUAUCUAAAGCAGCUGGUUGUGGGAUAUCUGCUUGGAGAAUUCUGUCAGGCUCUCCCCAUUACAAACAGGUCACUAGUUACGAAGAUGAUGUUAGAACAGCACAGAGAAGAGGAUUAUUAAGGAUUAUGAAUUUAAGAUUUUACAGCAGACGAGGAACAGAACAGGAUGGAGUUUUCAAGAUGAAUCUUUCUCCUGAUGGAGCUCUUUUGGCAGCUAUUCAUUUCUCAGGAAAACUGACAAUCUGGUCUAUUCCAUCUCUCAGACAACAAGGAGAAUGGGACCAAACUGCUCAGCCAGGGUAUGAUGAGCUUAACCCAGACUGGAGACUUUCUAGUGAAAAAAGAAAGAAAAUAAAAGAUAAAGAAUCCUAUUACCCAUUGAUAGAUGUAAAUUGGUGGGCAGAUAAUUCUGUCAUCCUUGCUCGCUGCUCUGGUGCACUGACUGUGUCAUCAGUCAAGACGUUAAGAAACCUGCUGGGAAAGGCGUGUGAAUGGUUUGAGAGCUCUCCUCAGGUCACUUCGGCUCACGACGGAGGAUUUCUAAGUCUGGAGUGUGAGGUGAAACUUGUCCCAAAAAGACUGCGCUUGGACAGCAGGCCUGGUGAUGAAGAUGAGGGAGAAGAUGAUUCAGACUCAGAUGAUGAAACUUCUGCUAAGGACAGAUACUUCAGCUACCUAAAGCAAGGACUGUACUUUGUGACAGAAAUGGAACGAUUCGCUCCUCCACGGAAACGACCGCGUACUAUUACAAAGAAUUUUCGCCUUGUCAGCUUAAGAUCCACAACUCCAGAGGAGCUGUACCAGAGAAAAAUUGAUAAUGAAGAAUAUGGGGAAGCUUUGUCUUUAGCUCAAACGUAUGGCCUUGAUUCUGAUCUUGUGUACCAAAGACAGUGGAGGAAGUCAGCUGUUAAUGUUGCUUCAAUUCAAGACUACUUGAGCAAAAUCAAGAAACGUGCAUGGGUUCUUCAUGAGUGCUUGGAAAGAGUUCCAGAAAAUGCGGAUGCUGCUAAGAAGCUGCUUCAAUAUGGCUUGAAAGGCACAGACUUGGAGGCUCUUGUGGCCAUAGGAAAAGGAGAAGAUGGUGGCAGAUUUAUCUUACCAGGGGAAGUGGACAUUGAAAUUCCCUAUGAAGACUUUCUGUCACCAGAUGAAGAAAUGGAUACUAGAAAGGAAAAAGAGGCCAAAAAGCGUCAAGAACUGCUAUUAUCAGUAAACUUCUCAAAGCUGACACUGGAACAGAAGGAGCUCUGCCGUAGCAGGCUGAAGCUGUUAACUUACCUUGAUCGCCUUGAGACCUAUGAGGAAAUCCUUGGAGGGCCUCAUGCAGCUGAGCAGCAUUAUGAUGGAGAAUUCUUUAAGAAGUUCAGAAAUCAGAAUAUCGUACUUUCAGCAAGAACUUAUGCUCGGGAAAGCAACGUCAGAGCCCUGGAAAUUUUGUUCACUUUCCAUGGAUCAGCUUUACUUCCACACAGACAGGCGAUUCUCUCCAAUUUUCCAGAGACUACCUCACCACAUGAGUAUGCUUUGCUGUUACCUGAAGCUUGCUACAAGAAAGGGACAUUGAAAAUUCUUCCUUGGAAUGAGCAGAAACAUCGUGAAGAAGAUUGGUGUGAAAAACCGGAAUGCAGGAUGGUUAUUGAACCAACUUUGCAAGAUGAAGGCCAGUUUCUGUAUGAAAUACAACCUGAGUUACUGAAGUACAGGACUACUGACCUUUCUGUAGAUCUUGCCACUGACUGGUAUUUGAGCAGAGCAAAGGAAAUUGAAGAAUAUGCAAUGCAGGUUGACUGUGCUCUGUCCCUAGUUCGUCUUGGCAUGGAGAGGAGCAUUCCUGGUCUGCAGGUGCUUUGUGACAAUCUGAUCACUCUUGAGACAGUGGUUUAUGAGACUGAUGGUGAUCGAACUUUGACUUUGAAGGAACUUUUAGAGAUGAAAGACAUUGAGAAGCUGAGACUGUUGAUGAAGAAUUCCUCAGAUGAAAAAUACGUGAAGAAUGUUUAUCAGUGGAUGAUCCCUUUUCUCCACCGCUGUGAAAACCAGUCCCCCGGUCUUGCAAAUGCCCUUUUUAAAGAGUAUUUAGUAACACUGGCAAAGGAGGACUUGACUCUACCUCUGAAGAUAUUUCAGAAUUCAAAACCUGCUUGUCAGCAAAAAAUUAUUCCUGAUCAGGACCAGCUUAUGAUUACGGCGCUGGAGUGUAUUUACAGCUGUGAGCGAGAUGACCAGCUCUCUCUCUGUUAUGAUAUUUUGGAAUGCCUUCCACAAAGAGGAUACGGGCCUGAAACAGAUAAAACUAACACUCUUCAUGAUGAAGUAGAUGAACUGGAACAAAUUCUAAGGUAUUUAAUUUUGCUAAAAUAAAUAGUGUAUUCUUACAGAAAUCACAUAGGCAUAGCCAAAAAUGCAUAUUUUGAGAGAGCUUUAAGAGUCAAUGCAGAGGAGGCACGGAAGCUGAUGAUUAGGCUGACAAGACACACAGGUCGCAAGCAACCGUCUGUUGGUGAGACACAGUGGAAGGAAUUGCUCCAGGAUAUGCUGGACAUGCAGCAGAAAGUGUAUAGGUGCCUACAUCCAGAUACUUGCUAUGAGAUAUUCACAGAAAGUCUUUUAUGCUCAAGCAGUAUAGACAAUAUCCACCUGGCUGGGCAAAUGAUGCAUUGCAGUGUUUGGUCAGUGGAUCUCCCAAGUUCAUCAAAAGGGAAGCCCCAGUACCGAGUCAGCUAUGCGAGAAGCAUUGAACUAGUUUUGGCUGCUGGUAGAGAAUAUUUCAAUUCUUCAGCAAGUUUGACUGAUAGCUGUAUGGAAUUGGCCAGGUGCUGUCUACAACUUAUUGAAGACAGUCCGAGUGCUGUUCAGGAGGAGUUGGACCUCAUUCGUGCCCUGGGUUAUCUGGAAGAGUUUGGUGUGAAAAUAUUACCACUGCAAGUGCGUUUGUGUUCCGAUCGACUCAGUCUCAUCAAGGACUGUCUGGCUCAGAUGUCAACAAACUAUAAACAGCCUGCGAAGCUCCUGGGACUGGCAAACCUGCUAAGGGUUGCAGGAGAGGAUCAGAUGGAGAGAAAAGGACAAGUUUUAAUCCUUUUAGUGGAACAGGCUCUCAGUUUCCAGGACUACAAAGCAGCUAGUAUGCAUUGCCAGGAGCUCAUGGCCGCAGGUGAAGUGAAUAAACAGGGGAUGCAUGAGGUGAUGGUGGAAUACCACAUACCCUCCUUUGUCUCAUCCAAUAAUGAUUGGGUAGCACUGCUGGCAGUCAGCAGCUCAUUGCAAACCCAGAUUCUUUAUGAGGCUGUGAAUUACCAGUUUCUUCCUUCUGAAGGAGGUGAGAAUUCAAAUAUCUCUGGGCCUUUGUUGGUCAGUAAGGAUACAGAGGAUGAAACUGACGUCUCCUCUGGCCAGUCUGCCGAUUUGUUGUACUGGACGACAUCCAAAACCAUGAAGGUGUUGUCCAACACAACUCUGACUACCAAAGCCAUGCUACAUGCUGUCAGUGAUGGGCAGUGGUGGAAGAGAUCAUUAACUUAUCUGCGGCCAUUACAUGGCCAAGAAUUUGGAGGUGUAUUAAAAAGUGGGCCUGGAGAAAAUGCUUCUGUGGAAAAACAAGGCUGUCAUCCAUUUUAUGAAUCUCUAAUUGAUGAUCCAUAUGUUGCAGAAUCUGAAGUCAGCUAUGGAACAUACCAGAACAAUUCCUUGGAAAGCUUUGCUGAGGUGUUGCUGAGAACAGGGAAACUUGCGGAAACAAAGAGUGAACGAAAAGACCUACUUCCAACUACAGAAGUUCUGCUACAGCUGGCAAAUGAUGCUUUACCAAAGGAUGCAGCCUUGUCUCUUGCCUACCUGCUUGCAUUGCCACAGGUGGUAGAUGCCAACAAAUGCUUUGAAAAGCAAUUACAUUCUGCAUUAUCUCUCCAGCUGGCAAGUUAUUACUAUAGCCUGCAGAUCUAUGCUCGUUUGGCACCAUGUUUCAAGGACAAAUGCCACCCUCUCUACAGGGCUGAUCCAAAAGAGCUGAUUCAGAUGGUCACAAAGCAUGUUACUCAGUAUGCCCAUGCAGACUGGCCUGAAGAAAUCACCACUUUGAUAAAUCUGCUGCAUUACUACAAUGAAAGACUGCUUGAUUUCACUCAAGCUCAGACACUGCAAGGACUUGGUAAAGGAGUGGAUGUGCAGAGAUUUACAGCAGAUGCACAGUACAAGAGAGAAACAAUACUAGGAUUGGCAGAGACACUUGAAGAAAAUGUCUAUAAAAUUGCUAUUUCUUUGGCUCAGCGAUACAGUGUUCCACUUUGGGAAGUUUACAUGACCCAUCUGGAAUUUUUAUUCACUGACAGUGGGUUAUCUACACUGGAAAUUGAAGAAAGAGCACAAAGUCUUGGUCUGUUUGAGGUUUUGAAAACUAGUCCUGAAACCUUUCAUGAACACAUGGCUAAAUAUGUUUACCCAAGUAUUGAAGGCCAAGAUCACCAGCGGUUGCUUUACUAUUUUACUCUCCUGGAAAACUGUGGCUGCUCAGAAGUCGUGAACCACACUCUUAAACCUGAAACUCACAUCCGACUCCUGAAAAAAUUCAAAGCAGUUGCACCAGGUCUUAAUUACAAAAAACUAACAGAUGAAAAUGAAAACCCUCUGGAAACACUGGAGCCCACCCUUACAAGUCAAAAUAUCUUAUCUAUUUCCAAACUGGCUCCCAAAAUUCCUAAAAAAGAUGGCAGCAUGCUAUCACAAAGCUCUGUUUAUACUGUGUGGUUACAAAAACUUUUCUGGAAUGGUGAUCACCAUCUCAUUAAAAAAAUACCAGAAACCAUGGAUGAAUGGCUACAUGCAUAUGAUAUGUGUUCAAAAUACUUUGAUAGACUUGAUCCAGAUGACAUUGUUACUUUCAUUGAUGAAAUUACUUUUUCUUCCAAAGCUGUCACAAAGUUGCCUGUUGAAAUCAGGAUAGAAGUGACUAAGAAAGCUAUUAAGGCAGUCAAACAUCUUUCGGAGAAAUCAAGAAAAAAAACUUCAGAUCAUGAUGUGAAAGAUGCUGAAAACCCAUCUGCUGCUUAUGAAGAAACUCUGAAUCAUUUGCAACAAUCUCUUGCUCAUCUGGAAACACUCACUCACAGUUUUAUCACUUACUUGAAAAGCAGCGAACAGGAUACACUACAGAAGUAUGGCUAUUUCUAUGAUCUGUCAAGGUCGGAGAAGGAAAAAAUCCAUGAGCAAGCAGUAACUAUGUGUAUAGAUGGUCAGCCCCUGGACAUGGUGCAGCAGUUGUUACAGGUGGCUGUUGGAGAUCUGGGCCUUUCUCCCCAGGAUAUUGUCCAAUGUGCUAUUAAAAAAAUUGUAGGUAUAUUAAGUGGAAAUGGUGACUCAUCUACAACAGAGAAAGAUCCACUUGGAGUCCUUGAAGGUAUAAUUUCUGCAGUGCAUGCAAGCGUUGAAAAAGGGGAGAAAAUAGUUUCUUCAGAUGACCUCCUGGAGUGGUUGAGACCUUUCUGUGGUGACGACUCCCUUGCAGUGAAGCCUCGCAUCAGGGUAUUGCAAAUUCUGGAGCAAGCCUUCCAUCUCAGUGAUGAGGAUAGCAAGCUACUUGUGUACUUCAGGACACAUGCUGUUCUCAGAGCUUGCUGGCCUGAAACAAAGGUAGAGGUAACAGAUAUAGAAAAUGAAGAAAAAAGAUACCAUUUGUUCCUGGGACUUCUGGAGUCCAGUCAGAGUCUGUCUGAAUUUCAGCACUUGGUCUUGCUGCUUCAGGCUUGGCCGCCGAUGGACAGGAGCAAUGGAUCGUGCACAGAUGAUAAUCCCUGGGUGAAACUGGGGACUUUUAUGCUGCAGAGGUGCCCACCUGAGGAAAAGGAGAACACAGGAAAUGAAAUUUUGAAAAUCUGCCGUUCUUUGUAUGAGACAAAGCACAUGCUCCCUGCCAAGUGUAUAAAAGAAUUAUGUUUGCUGCUGCUUAACCAGUCCCUCCUGCUGCCAUCCCUGAAACUGCUGGUAGAAAGCAAAGACCAAGACCUUCACGCUGUGGCACUGGAGCAGAUAACAGCUGUUGCUAAGGUUGAUGAUUCCACUUGUGAUGCUGAAAUACUUUCCUUGCUCCUCAACGCCAAGUUGGUGGUGCAGUGCAUGUCCACUGCCUUCUGCCCACGCCUUAUUGAGCACCUCCUGGCUAACCAGGGACAGGGAGGCUGGAAUGUGGAGGAAAUUGCACAACAGCUUAAGGAAGCAGGGUUCAGUGCAGAGGCUGGGUCCCUCCUGAUGGCUCACCGGGGGACCCAUCCUGCACUCAGGACUUUUACUACUGCCCUCCAGGCUGUUCAGCACUGGAUCUGAAAAUGCUGGAUUUAUGCAUUUGUCUGCAUUUUUACUGGAGAUCUUACACAAAAGGGAGAAAUUGUUGAUCUUGUAAAGUAGCAAAGUGAGUUAUUACCUACAUUUCAUAGAAAACACACAGCACACAGUAAAUUCCCAUAAACUUCUAAUUGUUCCAAAAAAAUAUUGGUGCAGACUAUCAUUCUGUUAUAUGAUUAGCAAAGCAUUGAAUCUGAUCAUCCUUUCAGAUCAAAGUUAAAUGGGCACACUUGGUUACAUAUAAAUGAAACAUUAGUAAGGUGGCAGGCUAUAUACUAUUUGUCAUAAUUUCUGUAAGUAAUUUACUCUUGUCAUAAUGUAAAACUAAUGUAAAAAUAUAAUUAUAAAGUUAUAUAUGGAGCAGAAAAGGUCACAAGAGUGAUUUUUGAGAAUUUAAAAACCUUAAAAUUCAGUAUUGUGCAAUGUUAUCACAGCUUUUGUUUGCAAUAAAUAAAAUAU